AUGAGGCAGCCGGAGAUGUCCCAUUCUGCUGUCCACCACCAAGGUGACAACCCACUGAUCACCGCUUAUUUUCCCGACUCAAUACCUGCCGCUCCUCCGGCUGCACAUAUAACCUCGGACUCACCUCCAUUAUCGCCCACCCAGCGUCAUCUCCACGGAGUGGAGAGCUCCCCUCCGUCGGAUCGGGACUCCGGUUACGAUACCCUUUACCCUCAGCCGUCAGACUCCCAUACGCAGCAGUAUCACCAUCCUUCCCGCCGGCAGAGUAUCCCCAGCCCGCACCAAGGGUCCGUGGACACUGGAUACCCUUCCAGUGCGGAGCCCAUCAUCGUGCCAGAGACGGUUGUCGCGGCGCCUUAUCUGGAGAACGGCUCCCUGGUAACCCGAGCUUCGAUGACGAGCGAGGCGGUGCGCAAAGAAGGGCGCGGUCGGGGCAGUUGGACUGACCAUUCCUCGUAUAUGUCGGGCGACAAUCACUUGAAUGGCGCAGCUCGAGUGCACAAACGAGCGAUCGUGGAGGACAUCACCCCUGAGGAGGAAGAGCCUGAUGCGCUCCUGAUGUUGUUCCGACUCUCCAUCCCUGUUCCUAUCUUCUCCUUCAUCGCAUCCUUUUAUACUGUCUUCGGUCUUCUCUUCGUCCUCCUCGUUUCCCCCCUCCGCCUCUGUACCUGCAUUCGAUACCUGCGAACUACGUCUUUCCGUGCCCAACUAUGCGACCUUUUAGUACCACAGUUACACAUCCACGAGCGGUUGGUCUGCCUGCGACGGUCGUCGAAGCGAUCGGCAUCCACGCAACCGAUCUAUGAUCCGGAGGGGUCGUUUGUGGACGAGCCAAUAGAAUCAUACACGAUCGGCGGGCUGAUCUCGGUCCUGCUGCUGUCGCCCUUCUUUUCGAUCGCGAUUCUCCUGCCCGCUUGGAUCGCCGCAUUUUUCUGGAUCUUCUCCAUGGUGAUGGGCAAUCCCGACGGCACGGAGCGUAAAGACGAUGGUCGCGCCGCGGUCCUCGGGGUCAGCAGAUGGUGGCACUUAUGGCUGGGAAAAGCCCGGAAGUCGCCGUCCUAG